AUGUCGAUGACAAUGUUCUUAGCUUUUGUUUACAUCACUGCUGUAUUCAUACAGAAUUGCGUAUCUUCAGAAUCUAGCCCAUCUCAUCCUUUGGUCAUUGGAGAUAUUAGAGAAUGCCUGGUCGGAAAAGAUGUCUCACGGUUCGGAGUUCUUCCGGGAGUGGGAUGGGACAAUCUGAGAAACAAAGCCGGCGACAUGGUGGUCUUCUUCAAUUAUUCGGAGUGUCGGACAACCGACGAUGGUAAAUACCUAAUACCAGACAACGUAUUUACCGUUCCUGUGAAAACAAGUCAAGUUGAAAUAUCCGGAGAAACAUUUCAACACUGGAGUGACUAUAUUUCUACGACAGCAUUCUCUAUCAAUACCGAAGCUUCUCUGUUUUAUAAGGGUAUAAAGCUCAGCGGGUCGUUUUCAGGUGAAAAGUACACAGUGAAAAGAAAUCAGAUUUUGGGAAAGUCGGUAACUACACGAGUUCAGGCAAGAUAUGUUCGAUAUUCAGCUAAACUUCAACAUGGUUCUCAACUAAGCUCAGUAUUUCGUCAACAAAUCUUAAGCAUCGCCAACAACAUUCAAAGAAAUCUGUCCACAUUAGCCGAAUAUGAAAGUCAAAUAUUAGUUCGAGAUUUCGGAACGCAUAUUCUCUCAAGUGUUGAUGCUGGUGCUGUUAUUUCUCAAACGGAUCAGGUAAAGUCAUCGUUCUUGAGAAAUCUUAAUAAAGAUACCAGUAGAUUGCUUGCGGCGGCAGGUGGCUCUUACAGGUUAAGAUUUCGUAUGUCUAAUGAACUACAUAUCGGGACGUCUAUGCAAUUAAUCGAUAUGUAUGAAGGAAAUCGAACUCAUUCAGCCAUUAAUUCCAUCGGAGGACCUAUAUUUAAACCGAACAACUUUUCUAUUAAUGACUGGGCAUCGGAGAUCAAGGAAAAUUUGGUUGCAGUAGAUCGGGGAGGCUUCCCAAUAUAUCAAGUGAUUAACGCGCGAAAUUUUCCACAUACCCCCGUCUCCGUCAUAUAUUCUACGUUUGAGCAGGUGAAAAACGCCGUGGAAGAAUACUAUAAAUUCAAUACAUAUCGAGGGUGUACUGAUAUAGACUCUCCCAAUUUUUCGUAUUUGGCCAAUGUGGAUGAUGGUACUUGUUCGUACAAAGUGGGCAACUAUUCCUUUGGUGGGAUUUACCAGACUUGCACAAAGACUGGACAGUUAAAUGCAAAACUGUGUCCCUCUCUCAUUCAGAACAACCCUUUAACCGGAAAUGCCUCUUGUCCAAAUGGAUUUCAAUCUGUAUUUCUGUUAAAUGGAAAAGUCACUUCUUCAGAGGUUCGCCAAAGGUGUACAUCAUGCGGAUUUUUGGGAUUGAGUACCUGCUGUUCGCAUUAUUACGUGCACGGCAGUGCUCAAUAUAACACGUACUGGUGUGUAGGAACAUCAUCCCACAGUCAGUCGCAUUCGGGUUUCCUUUUCGGGGGAACGUACACCAGCAAUGUUGACAAUCCUCUAACUCAAGCACGUGAAUGUCCGCUAUAUUUUUAUCCCUUGGCAAUGAGUACCGAUAUCAAAUUAUGCGUUUCGGACGAUUUUGAACUAGGCUUCCGGUAUGCUGUGUCUUUUGCGGGGCUUUUCAGUUGCAAAUCUGGUAAUCCUCUAGCAAUCAUGAAGGAUGAUACUUCAAAAAACAGCUCAAACAACAUGCAUUCAUAUCUCACGUCUGCUAAUUCAAAGUUAUGGCCGCAUGCGUGUCCAACUGGUUAUAGUAAUCAUCUGGCAGCCUUGGCAGAAUCUUGCGAGAUUAGUUACUGUGUGAAAUCGCAAUCUUUCUCCAAACAAGAGUUCCCAACCAUUAGGAGACCCCCAUUCAUUGAAUUACCUCGUGAUGCCUUUUUACAGCUUGAUGAAAACAACGGCACAUUUCAAGCAUUAACCGGAUCGAACCAGUCCUCCCAAAUCUCAACUAAACCAUCGCCCAGUGAAAAUUCCACCAACAACAUGACAACUAUCUUAAUAGCUUCUGUUCUUUUUGCUAUCACUGCUUUGGCAAUGUUUACUUUCAUUGGUUUCUGCGUACGGCGCCGAUUGAAGAAAGGGGGAGGGAAGGAGGAACACGAGGAGUGUAGAUCACAGGAAGGGGAAACGGAAUGCAGAAGUGUUUAG